UGGGCCGUGGUGGAAGCGGAACAGAGAUCAACCUUAGAAAAAAGUGAGUUGGCCUUGGCUAACAAGCAAGAAUACUGUGAUCGCCGGCUAACAGAAAUGGAGCGUAAUCGGAACGAUCUUCAUAAUUCUUUGCAGGAGGAGGUAGCUCGCUUACAUUCGAAGCUCGUGAAGACUGAGAACGAGAGCCGACUGGCCACUGUCACUGAACAAGCCAGAAAAGCGACAGACGAACUGGUUAAUCGACUAAAGGCUGCUGAAGAGGCAGGAAGAGAGGCGGAGGUAAGCAAAGUUCUUAGUCAAAUAAUAAAUAACAGUAUCCCAUUGAUGUCACUUUGA